UCUUGUGGUGAAAACUUCGAAAUAAAAUUCAGAAGUGUUUCAUUGAUUUUCUUUUUUGGAUCAAAUUAUUACAUUAUUUCUCGUGUUAUUCUCUUAAACGGCUUUUGCAUACAAUUCCAUAACCGAGAAUAUGAGUGCGAAAAAAUAUUUGAAGACAGUACCCCCUCAACAGCCCGCACAACCUGUCGCUAAGACUGAAAAGGAGGAGCAACUUUGGAAUGCCUUGAAGCGACAUAUUAUGAGGGAACGCGAGAGGAAAAAGCAAGAGCUAGAAGCAGAGGUAGAAGAAGAACGCCUUCGGAAAGAACGCGAAGCUCGAGAAAAGCAGGAUGUAAUGACAUUGGGCGAAACCAAGGAACAAAUCCAAAUGCUGGAGAAAACACUACAGGAGCUCCGCAAUGAAAAGCAGCAACUAUUCCUGCAGCUAAAAAAAGUCCUGAAUGAGGACGACAACCGAAAGCGUCAGAUGAAAGAAUCGGUAGAAAUGUUUCCUAUCCAUAAUAUACCGCAGCAGCAGAUUUUCCUCCCCCAACGUAAUCCAACCGCUAUGCCUACACAUCAACAGCAUUUGAUUCAUAAGGCGAAUCCACCAGUAAAUGUUGUGAAACGAACGCACAGCCCUUCACCUCAAGGUUAUUAUAAACAGCCCAAUACGAGUCAACAGUAUCUCCCUCAGCCGCAGAAAAUCGAGGAAGGUAGACGAGGCCCGGGUGAAGUGACCCGUGCCGUUUUAUGGAACAAACCGCAAUAUUGCCCACCGGCAACAUUGUUCUAUUCCACCGGUGCACCACCGCCACCAAAUCCGCAAGAAAACCGUCAGGCGCCGACCCAAAUCAUCUAUCCAUCCUACCAAGGUAACAUGGCACCGAUGCCAAUCCGACAGCCGUAUCACGUAGACUUACCGCCUCAGCAAGGACCGCCACCGUCGACAUCUCAGAAAGCACCGGAGUUGGUCAAGUCGGCACAAGCUCCACCGCCCGGAAAUGUGUACCACAUUACGUUGGAUCAGCACGGGAAUCCCCAGCCUGCUCAGAAUCCCGGGCCGCCGCCUCAACUGAAGGCCAUCACAAUCGAGAAGAUUCCUCAGGAUCGUGGCGUUCCGUACCACAUCGAAUUGAAGCACGACGAUCGUAAGGAUAUGCGUCAAGUUCAGCAACCACCGCCGCAACCACCUCAACAAACGACACACCUACCGGAGGGCAUUGUCUACACUUCGGCACUUCGCCCUGGGGCCAUUCCCAUGCAUGCGAUCGCUACCAAUCAGCAAAUGCAGAAGGGUGGCAGCAUUACACAAGGGUACCCACCGGUGCGACCGCCACCAAUCGCCAAUCCGCAGCAGUCGACGCAGAUGCACUAUCAGAGACAUCGCUACUAGCGGUUGGCGCCGUUCGGUGAGAUAAUGCAAGCUGACAAACGAUCCGCUGAUAUCUGUUGUCUAGAGGUAUAUCGCUGUUAUGUAUUUACUGCGUAGUCCAACAAGCUAUCCGAACAUUAUUUACCUAUAGGCAAUGGUAACAACUUUUUGAGUUUUAUAUAUUCUUUAAAUUUAACGCAACAGGAAAUCAAUUUUGUCAUAUGGCAAAACGGGUGGAUCCUAGUAUGGCUAUUAUUCGAUAGUUGGUCUCAUUUUGCAGUAAUUUACAGUCUUCCUUCGAUAAGAAAUAAAGUCGUGUCACGAUUUAAA